AUGGCCAAGGCUGUGUGCACGCUCUACGGCACCGACGCGACCGUGUACGGGUCGCUCACCAUCACCCAGGCCCAUGAAGACGCCAAGAGCAUUAUCACGGGGGAGCUUUCGGGCCUCUCUCCCGGCAAACACGCGCUGCACGUGAACAUCUUUGGGGACAUUUCUCAACCUGGUGGCGUGUUUAACCCCUUCGGAAAGACCCACGGCGCUCACACAGACGACGAGCGCUGCGUUGGCUCGCUCGGGAACAUUGACGUGACAAGUGACGGCCGGGCCAAGGUGCACGUGGAAGACGCGCUCGUGAAGCUCAUUGGCCCGCACUCGAUCAUUGGCCGCAGUCUCGCGGUUCACGCGAACGAGGACGACCUCGGGAAGGGCGGCCACGACCUCUCGCUCCAGAACGGAAAUGCCGGAGCUAUUACGGCGUUCGGAGUCGUGGGGAUCUCAAGCUAA